AUGCCGCCACUGGACUCUGGAGCAGAGGAAAUCCAGGGGGCGGGGUCUGCGUUCUCGCCCCUCCCUUCCCGUCCUCCGGUGGUUUGUCCCUCUGCGCGCUCCGUCGCGGGUCUGCCCCGUGUGUUGUCGGUGAGUAUGGACGGUAUGGAGCUCCUGGAGCGGAGGAUGAAGCCCCGCCGCCCCGCAGCCGAGCAGCCCGAGCCGCUCACGGAGCGGGGCGCUGCGGAGCGCAGGGACGGGAAGGGGAAGCCCGAGGCCGGCCUGCAACAGCUGAGCGAGGCGGCGGCGCUGCUGCUGCUCGGGCUGUUCGUGAGCGCGCAGUGGGCGCUGGUGCAGCUGUCCGUCCAUCAGCUGCUCAUCGGCGGAGGCGGCGGCGAGUUCAGCCCGGGCAGAGCGCGGAAACACCUGGAGCACAUCACUGGAGUGGGUCCACGGCCGGUGGGCAGCGUGGAGAACGAGGUACUGACCGUGAACUACCUUCUGCAGCAGGUGGAGCUGGUGCGAGCCGAGAGUGCCGCUGGACCUCACGCCAUCACCGUGGACGUGCAGCGGCCCACUGGCUCCUUUAGCAUCGACUUCCUGGGCGGCUUCACUAGUUACUACGACCGCGUCACCAACAUCGCCGUCAGGCUUGAACCCAAGACAGGAGCUCAGCACUUCAUGCUGGCCAACUGCCACUUUGACAGUGUGGCCAACAGUCCAGGAGCGAGUGAUGAUGCUGUGAGCUGUGCUGUGAUGUUGGAGGUGUUGCACUCAAUGGCUAAUCUCUCCACUCCUCUAAGACAUGGAGUCAUUUUCCUCUUCAACGGAGCCGAGGAGAACAUCCUCCAGGCGAGUCAUGGCUUCAUCACCCAGCACCCGUGGGCGAAGCAGGUGAGGGCAUUUUUGAAUCUGGAGGCCGCAGGCGUUGGAGGAAAAGAGGUGGUGUUCCAGACAGGUCCAGAGAACCCAUGGCUGGUGCAGGCGUAUGUUCACGCUGCUAAACACCCAUUUGCCUCUGUGGUGGGGCAGGAAGUCUUCCAGAGUGGGAUUAUUCCUUCAGACACAGAUUUCCGCAUCUACAGAGACUUUGGCAAUAUUCCAGGGAUUGAUCUGGCCUUCAUAGAAAACGGCUUCAUCUACCACACCAAGUACGACACUCCGGAUCGCAUCCACACAGACUCCAUCCAGAGAGCAGGUGACAACAUUCUGGCCGUCCUUAAGCACCUGGUCAUGUCUGAGAAGCUGGCCGACUCCUCUGAAUAUCGUCAUGGCAACAUGGUGUUUUUCGAUCUGCUGGGCGUGGUGGUCGUGGCCUAUCCGGCCAGAGUGGGCACCAUCCUCAACUACAUAGUUACCAUGGCGACCUUCCUCUACCUGGCCAAGAAGUGCAGCCUGCCCAGCAACGCAGGUGGUCGGUAUGUGCGGGAGCUGGCGUACGCGUCCUGCGUGGCUCUGCUCAGCUGGUUUGUUACUCUCCUCUCCGUUCUGAUCGUGGCACUGUUGGUCACUCUGAUUGGACGCUCCAUGUUCUGGUACAGUCACUUCUACACCUCCGUCUGCUUAUACGGCUCUGCAGCUGUGGGGAAGAUGCUUCUGGUCCACACACUGGCCAAGAACCUGUACUACGGGAGAGUGCGGAGGUUGGAGCUGGGGGAGCUGUUUUUUGACGUCAGUCUGCUGUUGUGGUGCUGCGUGCUGGUGUACCUCACGCAGCGGGGUCUCUGUUCUGCAUAUGUGCCCAUGCUGAUGGUGGCUUUUCCUCUGGCCACCAAACUCCUGCUCUCUGGUCACUUCAGAAACAGAGGUGCUUCACUGUGCUAUGCGGUUCUGUACCUGCUGGGUCUGGCUCUGCCGUACGCUCACCUCAUGUUCCUCAUCUGGGUGGUCUUUGAAAUCUUCACUCCCAUUAUGGGCCGCAGCGGCACUGAAAUCCCCCCUGACGUGGUGCUCGCCUCCCUCGUCACCGUGGCAACCAUCCUACUUUCAUCCUUCUUUAUGCACUUCAUCUACCUGGCGCGCAGCACUAAGCGUGUGUUGGCAGCUCUCGGGACCGUCUUCACAGUGAUGUUCAUCCUGGUCUCCUGUGGCCUGUUUUUUCCAUAUUCAGCUGACCUGGCCAGCCCGCGACCCAAACGGGUCAUCAUACAGCACACCACACGUACGUUCCAUGCUGUGGAUGGGUCGGUAGAGCGGAUGGACUCCGGCCUGUGGAUCAACAGCUUGGACUACACGGGCAUGAGCCACGUCACCCCUCACGUCCCUGAGAUAAACGACACCAUCCGCACACGCUGUGCCGACGACCUGCCCUUCUGCGGCUUCCCCUGGUUCCUCCCUGUCAAAUUCCUCGUCAAGAAGAACUGGUAUCUGCCAGCGCCUGCUGUGUCUCCAAAAUCACCGUUGGAGUUCAGGCUGCUGUCGAAGCAGCUGACAGAGUGGGGAGCAGUGAAGCUGAGCUUUGAAGCUAAAGGGCCAAGCCACAUGUCCCUGUACCUCCUCCCCCAGGCUGGUGCUUCCCUCACGGGCUGGUCAUUCGGGGAUGGGACCCCACAGUUUGACUUGAAUGGAGAAUAUUUUAUAUUCUACUCUCACGGCCUGGACGCACCGACAUGGAACUUCUGGCUUGAAGUCCAGCCGCCUCCUGACCCUUCGGACGAAAAGGGCAUCAUCUCCGUGGCCAUCUCCUCCCAUUACUUCUUCGGAGAUGACCGACGGACUCCAGAGUUGGACUCUUUGUUGCGGAAGUUUCCAGACUGGGCUUUCACUUCCUCUUGGGUCAGCAUGUACCAAAUGUACCGAUACUGAGGGUCCGUUGUUUUUGGGGGCCUGCAGGUUCGGUCCUCAGAAAGUAUGUGCCCAGACUCACACACACACACAUCCGGCUUCUCGUCACUGCGUCACUGUGUUCAGAGUGGAGGACCUACAGACCAACCUGGCUGAUUAAACACUCCUGUCACAGUUCCUUUUACAGCUCAUCCUGUUUCCAGAUUCCUUUGUAUGGCUGAAAUAGGGCUGCAUGAUUUGGACAAAACAUCAGUAUUGUGAUUAGACUGUAUACCAACAAUAACAUAAAUAAGGCAGCAUGGAUAAAGAUCAGCUUGGAUUAUAAUGACCACCAUAAUAGUGGUAGCACUUAUUAAAAACUACGAUUGGUUAGAGGGCUCAUUUGCAUAUUUUGCGAUACUGAUUUGCAAACGAUAUAUUGUGCAGUCCUAGCUUUAACCAUUUCAUCUCUCACCCCCUUCAGUACAUGUCUACCUCCUUCAUCUCCAUUUACACACAGUACUUUAAAAGGAAUACUCAAGCAUUUUCAGCCUAAUCUCUAAAUUUACUGUAUAUUUUAUAACCAGAAAACCUGUUGACAGCCAAAGAGGCCCAUCAGCGCAUUUCAACUUAAAGGCCAUGUUUAUUGUGGCCUUUCUUGUGCUAUCAGUCCUCGAUAGCAGCUUUAUAUCCCUCAGCCUUGUGAGUUUGACAGUGUCCUCUCACUACAAUACCCAGCAUGCUUUAUACAAAUAUACUAAAGGACCAUUGGGAAUCCCUGUGGUGUCACCCAAUCAUGACAGCUAGCCUAGUCCCUGAUCUAUAGACUAAUAAAUACAACCAAGCUAGCAACUCUUACACUCGUCAAUCAGAACAAUGAUUCCAUCACCGUUUCCACCCUUUCAGUCAGAGAAAAUAAGCCAAACUGUGGUAACGUGUCUUGUACCUUGUUAACUUCAGCAUUUAGCUUGUUGCCUUCGUCAUUUCUGCUAUUUCACUCACCCGUACACAAGCACAGUUGUGGCAGAUGUACGGCCACAAAAAGCUAUUCUGCUUCAGGGAAGUGCGCUAGAGUUACUGUCCGCAGUAUCUGACCGUACGCUAGACACAGCAGAAGGAACCUGAGGCAUAAAUGCUGGAGUAUUCCUUAGAGAAGUGAAACUGACAGACAGGGAGACUCUCUGUGGUAUUAAAGGGUAGGUUGAUCCAUGCCUCAGACACACCACUAGGUGGCGACGUCAUCUUGUGUUCUUUUUGUCUUCAGAUCUGACAGGUCGAGAAGAUUUUUCACAAUUUCGUAUUACAGAAGCAAAUCUGCUCUUAAUUUAGGAACCUUAUCUUAAGUCUCAUCUUCAGUUAGGAAAUCUAAACCUACUCAGAGUUGCUGAUCAGCUGUUACGUCUGUUGCCUAGGAACAGACCAUAAACACACAGCUGGAUUGUAAACACUGUCAAAAUAACAUUCAAAUCUAAAUUACAGCUGCCGUUACUGAUGUAAAAAAGGUAGAACAAAACUAAAGUGUGAUAAGCUGUAAGUAGUAAAUACUGUGAGAGCACCCCUGCUGUUUAUCAGUGUUGCCUCUCCUCAGUUUCAGUCUCCAUUUCCCAAACGCUUUAGCCGAGCACGCUAAUGUUACUCCUCCUGAUAAACAGAUACACGUUCAGCUCUGUCUCCUCGUUAUUCACCACCAUCACUGCAAUAUUCAUCAUCAAAAUGAACACAGGAAGGUAAUCAGAGGAACAGCGGAGAAUAGAGUCUGCAGAGUCUGAGAUUUUUAAAAAGCAGAGUUAGAAAAAAAAAACGUCUCCCAGUGAAAGCAGCGUGU